AUGGAAAACCUCCAAGUCGAGCAUUGGAUGGCGGUCAAGCGCAUUUUGCGAUACUUACAAGGGACUAAGUCGGACGGCAUCUGUUUCAAGUCUGAUGACAAGAUAGACUUCUGCGGCUACUCGGAUGCAGACUGGGCCGGCGACCAUGCAGACCGCAAGUCGACUUCGAGAUAUGCGCUCAUCCUGAUGGGUGAUCCGGUGAGCUGGGGAAGCAAAAAGCAGUCAAGUGUGUCGCUGUCAACAAGUGAAGCUGAGUGCAUUGCAUUAAGUCUGGCUAUUCAAGAAGGCAAGUGGGUGCAUCGAUUGCCAUGCGAGAUUCUGGAUGCCGCAGAGGACAAGUCUGGACCCGAGCUCAAGAUCAUGGAAGACAACCAAUCGUGCAUCAAGAUGACGAAGAAUCCUGUGAACCAUGGUCGGGCCAAGCACAUCGACUCUUUGUGGUCCAAUGGAAGUCGACUCGCUAGCGAAGAGUGCAUCAAGAAGUACAUCGUGGCAGUACAGACGCAGUUUGACUACAAGGUCAAGUUCGUUCGCCACGAUGGUGCACGCGAAUCCGCGGCAAAUUCGCUCAAGGCAUUUUACGAUGAUCAACGAAUCGAGCAGCAAGUUACCGUUCCAUAUGCGCAUCAGACCAACGGCACGGCGGAACGGGCAAUUCGGACCAUUGUGACGAUCGGGCGCAGCAUGCUUCACUACGCCAAGCUGGACAAGUUUUUUUGA